AGCUCCGGUCCGGCGGAACCCACAUGGGGGGCAAACAAAGCACGGCGACCCGUUCGCGGGGUCCUUUCCCGGGGGUGUCGACGGAUGACAGCGCCGUGCCGCCACCGGGAGGAGGAGGAGGAGGAGGAGGAGGAGGUGGUGGUGGUGGUGGUGGUGGUGGUGGUGGAGGGGGGGGGGGGGCCGCCCACCUUCGGCCAUUACCGGGCGGGCGGCGGAGGCGCCAUGGGGCUGCGCAGCCGCUCGGUCAGCUCGGUGGCCGGGAUGGGGAUGGACCCGACGGCAACCGGAGCCGUCCCUUUCGGGCUGUACGCGGCGCGGGCGGCGGGGGAGACCGAGCGGACCCCGGGAGGCGGCGGCGGCGGCGGCGGUCCGGGCUCCGACUCCACGUACGCCCAUGGCAACGGUUACCAGGAGACGGGAGGCGGUCACCAUAGAGACGGGAUGCUGUACCUGGGCGCCCGGGCUUCUCUGGCCGACGCGCUGCCCCUUCACAUCGCGCCGCGGUGGUUCAGCUCGCACAGCGGUUUCAAGUGCCCCAUUUGCUCCAAAUCCGUGGCUUCUGACGAGAUGGAAAUGCACUUUAUCAUGUGUCUGAGCAAACCUCGCCUCUCCUACAACGAUGACGUGCUGACCAAGGACGCCGGCGAGUGCGUGAUCUGCCUGGAAGAGCUGCUGCAGGGGGACACGAUAGCCAGGCUGCCCUGCCUCUGCAUUUAUCACAAAAGCUGUAUAGACUCAUGGUUUGAAGUGAACAGAUCUUGCCCGGAGCAUCCUUCUGAUUGACCCGCCGGGCGUGCUUGCUGACUUCUCUCCAAGAAGCAUCCAGGAGAAGAUCAGCGUGAGGAAAAAAAAAAGUGGAACGACCUGCUCUCACCCUCUGCAGCUGCUGGUCUGUCAGGAGAGCUCUGCUUCACCAGGGAAGCCCUUGAGGACACCACCGGCCAACAAAAACCUGCCAUGAUGUUUGGCUUUUCACCCCAAAAUGAAGGGGAAAGCUGCCGGGGGACAGCCGGCCAAACGGAGCACGUGGCAUUUCUCACCGGCAACCCCCCCCCCCCAAAAAAAAAACCCACAACAACAAACAAACCAACAAAAACCUCCCACCCAGACUCGCCCUGGGGGCUCUGCUCUGUUUUUUUUUGCACUGACUGAAACGGGAAUUUUUCUCCCCUUUUGCCGUCUCCCUUUUGGAGAUCUUCAUCCUCACCCUCUUUCCUCCCUACCCCUCCCCACCUAGUAGGGGGAGAACGGGGACUCUGCCCCCACUGCUGGGAGAGGGGUCACUGCUCCCCCCCCCCCACCCCCCCCCACCCCACUGCUGAGCUGCAGGGCUCUCGUCUUUCAAGUGUUUACAACGAAGAAAAAGAACAACAAAAAGGACAGAAAACAACAACAAAAAGGAUAGAAAACAACAACAAAACCGCCAAAAAAAACAACCAACAAAACAACACGAAAAGAAAAAAAAAAAAGAAGGAAAAAAAAAAGGAGAAAACUUCAAAAAAACCAACCAACAACUACCACCAAAAAUACAACCAAACCACAACUUGGUGUUGACUUGGCGUGUUCUUCGAGUCGAGCUUCCCUGCCCCAGUGAUGUUUACAGACUGGUCACUCUUUAACUCAGCUAGAACCACUCAAGAGACUGGAGAGCCGCCCCCUCCCCACCCCCCCCUUCUUGCCAAAAAAAACAACCCCCCCCCUCCCCUCCUCUUAUUUUUUUCCUUUCUUCCAGUCGAAAGGAGGGCACUGGGGGAAGGUCCCCAAUGGCCACGGCGUGGGUGUGUGUGUGGGGGGGUGGGUUUUGCUGGUGGUGCCAAGAUUGGGGUCGUUUCCUGGCAGUGAUUCCCACCCUCUUCUCCCCCCCCCCCCCACCUCAUUCCCAAGCCCAUCCCCGUCCCUUCCCGGCGCGGCGGGGCGUGUUUUCAGUGGGUGAGACCUCCCCUGCCGGUGGCCGUGCCCCUGCGGGGAAAACCUUUCUGUAUUUAUAUAUUAAAAAAAAAAAAACAAAACAAACAAAACAGAAAAAAAAAAAAAAGAAAAAACAAAACCCACGGGGGAAAAAAAAAAAAAAAAGAAAAAAAAAAGAAAAAGAAAAAAAAAACCCACAAAACAAAAAAAAAAAGAGUUCAGAGCUUGGGGGGAGCUUCCUUCAUUAGUCAAGGUGUUUUGAUAUGGUAUUAAAACAAUGUUCAAUAAAAUGUUCACUGUUAUUUUA